GGCUUUCUUAAUGUGCAUGAAACCAAGUGAAACACAACAUGAUUCGGCUCUAAGUGUUGGUUCCACAGAUGUUUAAAACUAUCGCUGAAUCUAAUUCGAAGAUACACAACUGUGGACCAUAGCAGACUGAGAUUCCACACUCUUCUGGAGGAACUAAUCAACCACAUUUCUUGCUGAAAGUUGAUGUACAAACUGAUUUGACUGGAGGAAAACAAACAGUCUAAAUAUGAAAAAGGCUCUGGGUCUAGGUUUUCUGUGUUUGCUGCUCUGGUCAGAGUCUGCGGAGGCUCAGUUUCCACGUGCUUGCUGCACAGUCCAGGGGAUCCUGUCCAAGCAGUGCUGCCCACCUCUUGGCCCAGAUCCUGCCAACGUGUGCGGCGUUUUGUCGGGGAGAGGAAGCUGUGUGACUGUUCAAGUCGAUGAGAAACCCUGGGGAGGACCAUACAGUCUGAGGAAUGUGGAUGACAGAGAGAGGUGGCCGAGCAAAUUCUUCAAUCAGACUUGCAGAUGUAACGGUAACUUUUCAGGGUUUGACUGCGGUCAGUGUAAAUUUGGCUGGAUAGGACCUAACUGCGACCAGAGGAAAACCCCUGUGGUGCGCAGGAAUAUCCACGACCUGACCCCCGAGGAGCUCCAGGAGUUCCUAGAUGUUUUGGACCUAGCUAAGACCAGCAUCCAUCCAGACUACGUUAUUGCCACCGAGCAUUGGCUGGGACUCUUGGGACCAAAUGGAAACGAACCCCAAGUGGCAAACAUCUCUGUUUAUGACUUCUUUGUUUGGCAGCACUACUACUCCGUCCGUGACACUCUUCUGGGUCCCGGUCGUCCAUUCAAAGCAAUUGAUUUCUCACAUAAAGGACCAGCAUUCAUCACCUGGCAUAGGUAUCACCUCCUCACCUUGGAAAGAGAGCUGCAGAGAUUGAGUGGCAAUCCAAACUUUGCCAUCCCUUACUGGAACUUUGCCACUGGGCAGAGUGAUUGUGAUGUGUGUACUGACUCCAUGUUCGGGGGAAGAGACCCAGAAAACCCUUCCCUCAUCAGCAGUCAGUCCAGAUUCUCAAGAUGGGGGGUGAUAUGUAACAGUUUGGAUGACUACAAUCGCCUGGUUACCCUUUGUAAUGGCACUAAUGAGGGUUUCAUCCAGAGAGGAAUGAUGGAGAGCGCUAACAUGUCUCUGCCCACCAUGACUGACGUCAGAAGCUGUCUUGGAAUCAGGGACUUUGACAGCCCUCCAUACUACACCAACUCCUCCUCCAGUUUUAGAAAUGCUCUUGAAGGCUACGAAAAACCUGAUGGACAAUUGGAUGAUUCAGUCACUAACCUUCACAACCUGGUCCAUGAUGUUCUCAAUGGAACCAGCUCCAUGUCUCACUCUGCAGCCAAUGACCCCAUCUUUGUGGUGCUCCAUGCCUUCACUGAUGCCAUUUUUGACGAGUGGAUGAAAAGGUUUGCUCCCUCCAACGCCACCUUCCCCGAUGAGAUGGCCCCAAUUGGUCACAACAGAGACUACAAUAUGGUUCCGUUCUUUCCUGCAAUCACUAACCAGGACAUAUACAUUCCAUCUGAACAGCUUGGAUAUUCCUACGCUGUUGUCCUGGAUGAGACAGAUGGAGGGCCAAGUGUGUUCGUGCUAGGCUCCACUCUGGGGGGAAUCUUCAUCGGUCUCCUGGUGCUUCUCCUUAUCUUUGUGCUCUGGCUGCGUCAGCGGAGAAACAGAGGCUUUGAGCCUCUGAUAAAAGCAGACUUCAGCACAAGGAAGUACACAGAGGAAGCGUAGAGGACCACCCGUUGUUCCGAAGCAGUCUUCAGUCUUUAUACAUACCUAAGAGAGAUGGAGCAGCUGAUCGUCUUUAUGCUAUGUGGGCAAGAUGAAAAACAUAAUCCUGUAAACAAAGAGAAAUGUAACUUUCUAGAAUUUUAAAUCCAUCGAGGAAACAAUGUGAAUCAAGUAGCAUCCACUUUAAAAUUAUAAUAGAAACUGAAUACAGGUUUCAAGUGGGACCAAUCGAAAUUAAUGUAUACUUUAACUGGUUUGGUGACUUUCUCUUUACAGAAUCACAAAUACAAAUCUAUUGGAAUGUUUUUAAUAAAUAUUUAUUGUCAAGAACAGUAACAAAACACAAAUGCAAUAGUCUUCAUUGCACUGAAAAACAAUAAGGCAUAUUUUCUUGACUAGUUCCUCCGCCCUCCUGGUUUGAACUGAGAUUCAAACUUCAAACUGACUUUACCUCAUUAGGAUUUGACUUCAUAGAGCAAAGCAUUGAUUGUAAAAAAAUGUUGUCUUACAGCCUUUCCUGCUACUUCUAUUUUUCAGAUAAUUUGUCUGACCAGACAUCCAUUUUCAAUAUUUUAUUGCAAAAAUAUUACAUGUAAAGUUCAAUGAUACAAAACAUAAAAAGGGCAUCCUGUAAGAUCAUUAUUCAUAAUAAAGAAUCCUUUUAAAUGA